UCACAAAUCAAACUCUCAGUCAGCGCCCCGGCGGAGAAGGAAGCCGAGUUGAGCGGCAGAAAGGCGUGUGCUACACAGACAGAGAGCCUCCAAGACGCCAGCGGGCUUUCACUGUGAACAUCUAACAGAUUACAUCCGCUGCAGCUGGCCUUUUUUUUUUUUUUUUUUUUUCACUGAUUCCUGAACUCAUCGGAACAGGACAGGAGAUGAGAUUCAUACAGACCCGGAGAUCCAAGCAGUCCGCCAGCGUUCAGCGGUGCGUCGAGGGUGUCCGGGGCACAGAGCGCGCAGCCCAGAGCCGCUCCACCUCAACUGUGGACUGAAGACAGUUGCUUCUCUCUUCCUGAAGCACAUUUUUGUUCUGCUGGAUUCUGGACUGAGGUGCGGGGGGGAAACCAUGAGGGCUCUCUCAGCAAACUUGUUCGCUGUGCUCUUAAUGUGUGUCCUUGCAAGUGUUUUCUACGUGUGGAGCGCGCUGGAGUAUCGCUUGGAGCGACACAAACGGGGCUCCUCAGUGCCGGACGGGGGGUCCUUUCAUCAAGGUUCUUCAGAGGACCAUUCUGCCAAAACUUUCCGAGCGCUGCUUGCUGUUCCAGUUCCACAAAGACAGAACUCGGCGGGCAGAUCGAAGGCUCAAAAUCUCACCAAUCCAUCUGCCUUUGUGGGAAGUCGAGAUUAUCAUGUGAAUGGGGAUGACGAGAGGUCAGCGCAACGGGAGGGUUCGGUCAACUUAGGCUACCCAGUGGAUGAUGGGAUAUUCUGGAGCAACUGGCUGGAAGACGUCCUCCCUGUGAGAUUCACGGAAGGAUACGCCGAGGCUUGGAGGAGCAAGGCAAGGACAUCGCCGGUGGUGAAGCUGGAGCCUGGAUGCGGCAGGAUAUCCAAUCAGCUGGCCACGUUUGCAGACGGGACUAAGGCGUGUGUGCGCUACGGGAUCAACGCGGACCAGGUGCAGGGGGAAACUCUGACAUACUACCUGGCCAGUCUGCUGGGCAUCACAAAUCUGCCUCCGCUCGUACUGUCGCAGCUUAACGGCGACAGUGCGCAAUGGGUGGCCGUGAGGACGCGGAUAAAUAAUUUGCAGUGGAGCGAUCGGGCCGUUGUGUCUCUCACAGAGUGGAUUUCCAACCUGACCGGAGUGGUCACACCUGCGCCCCUCAGACAGGAGAGCAGCGGGCUGCUUCCUGCCCUCAGGUGCCUCGAGAACAAAACUACGGCAGAGCUGCUGGAGCUGAUGCAGUGGAGCGACCUGAUCGUGUUCGACUACCUGACUGCGAACUUCGACAGGCUCGUCAGCAAUCUGUUCAGCCUGCAGUGGGACCCCCACGUGAUGGAGAGGGACACCAACAACCUGCUGAAAACGCCCCACGGGGACCUGGUGUUCAUAGACAACGAGGCCGGACUCGUGCACGGCUUUCGCGUGUUGAACAUGUGGGAGAAAUAUCACCAUUCAGUCCUGAGCUCCGUGUGCGUGUUCAGGAAAAGGACUAUGCAGCGCGUGGCGGAGCUGCACAGGCGCAGAGACUCCAAGCAGAGGCUGCUGGGGCUCUACAGAGACAGCGAGCCUUUGUCUCAGGAACUGGGGUUUCUCUCUGACGAGCACGCUGCUGUUCUCCAAGACAGGAUAGAUCAAUUGUACAGACACAUCAUGCAAUGCAAAGAAAGGUACACUCAGCUGUGAGCACCAAGGGCGCACAGGUGAUAGAUUGGCAUGGCAAGCCAUUAAUGACAAACAGUGGUGCCCAGGACACAAUAUAAUGUGAAAACCCCACCAGAAAACCGUAUUUGAGGGGCGUUUUGAAUUCUUGGGGGUGAACAGUUUUUUUUUUUCUUUUCAAGAAAUUGAAAACGAAAUUAAGUUGCUUGCAUCAACGUUUAUGCUGCAUUAGUUUUGGUUUGUGUGAUAUGUUAAUGAUAAUAGUAAAUGUUUACAAAGGCCAGCUGAUGUCAAGCAUCCCUUCAACAUGAUCUAAAUCGAUGAAAGUUGGUGACAAUUGUGGUACGUUUGUCCUACUAAAAUUUUCAAUCAUGUUGCUCUUUUAAAGAAAAAUAACUUUUAUUAAUAUAUGUAUAACAGAAGCAACUGCUUCAAUGAAGGUGUAAGUGUUGGAAAAAUUGCCAUUCAAUGACCAGAAGGCAUGCUGGAUGUUAUUAGUCCUCAUGAACAGUUAUUUACUGCACAACUGUGUGACAUAAAAAAAAAAUAAAAAAUGUUUACUGACCAGAUAGAUCGCUUAGUUUACAUCGGCUGUUAACACAACUUCAUUUCACAGUUUUCCAAAAUGGCACUCGGUGACUGGAUAAAACAUAUGUAAAACAUGGGGUUCUGGUGGGGAUCUUACAGUGUCCUGAUAUUAAAUGUUGAAUUUUUUACCAGACAGUACACCAAUGUUUGGCACUAAUGGAAUGCCAUAGAUUGUUUGCAUGGUAGAGCUUUGCAAAACUGAUGCCUGUUACACAUAGUUAAUUUGAAUAUCCAACUGAACUACCUCUUGUGAAUAGAAUAUGUUGCCUACUUUAAAUAUAAGUCGAGUUUGAAAAUUGUUCAUAAGCUUCCCGCUGAGAUUUAUGCCUCUCUGAAGUGGAAACAAUGUGGCCAAUUUAAGUUAUUUGUUUUUGUUAAUUUGCUGAACAUUUGCUGACCUGAAUAUGAACAAAUGUAAAGACUAUCUGCUGUAGUCCUGUUUGUGAUUAGGGUACCAUAAUAAAGUCCUUAAAGAGAUAGCUCGGAAUUUUUAGAGUGAGGUUAAAAACUUAUUAGCAGUUAAUAUCUUAGAUGUAUCAGAUAACUUUCAUAGUGUCUUCACUUUGCAAAAAUAAGAAGUGGUUUUCUUUGGAUCUCGAAACUAAUGGCUACUCAGAGAGGGACCAAGAUCAAAGUGGGCUCAUACCCUUUUAAAAACUCUCAAAAGUGUCACAGUAGUUUAUGGAAAUUAUUUUUAGAAACAUUUAAGCUGUCAUCAUGUCUGUAUGGGGAAGUUAGCUGUUGCUUUCUUUCAGUGUAAGAAAUCAGGAAAUCCUGGAGCGUCCUGGCUCCAGGAGGUUGUGGACUUCAGAACAUCUUCCAUGUGAAAGGCAUGCUAAGAACACAACAUGUUACUCCUUUUCUAGUUAUUUUAGUAUUUUAUAGUUUUAAGAUGUUACAAGCCCACUUCUGCUUGACCCCUCUGACUUUUUUUUAAUAUAAAAAUUAAGACACUAUAAGAGUUUCUUAAUUUUUACUUAUGAUAUUAACUACUCAUAAGCUUUUUGCAGAACAUCACUUAAAAGAAUCAGAACUACCCUUAUGUUGUGUUUGAAUUUUUGCCUUGUGUUUAAAUAUCCAAGUGACAUAUGCCUACUCCAAAGCCUUAACCUAUGUUGAUUCUUCUUCAGUAUUGUAUUUCUGUUCACAUUAGCUCGCUUUUUAUAGACAGUAAUUUGCACACAUUGUAAUAGAUAGCACCUGCACUUGUGUCAAUGUGUUAAUAUUCAGCCUUAAAAGUCACAGGUGUGUCAUAUCUAUUGUGCGUUUGCUGUUUAUGUUGUAAAUAUUGUCUGGCAACAAGUUUUGAUGCUAAACUGACUUAAUGUGCAUUGUGACAUUCCAAAAUUGUGUCCUUUUUUGAAAAAAGAAAUACACAAAACGUAUUUUACAAUAUGUGUUUUGUACACAGAAUAUACUCAAAAGCAUUAAAACCACUGUGGGUGUAGUAUAUCUAAAGUCUGGGGGUGGGGAGUUAGUGUAAAAGUCUAUUUAGUCUUUGUAUUCUACAAUUUUUCACUAAAGCUUGACUGUUAGCCACAUGCUUGCAACAGCACAAAUCUCUUUAAUCCCCCCUUUUUAAUCUCAAAUAGAGUGGUGAGCUAAAGUAGACUGACUCUUUGGGACACAUUUGAAAAAUGGUUUUAGUGUUCCCUAACUGUAGCUUCCCAUUUUUUAAGAAAUGACUAAGCUUUGUUCAAAGAUUAUAAAUGGUUACUGAAUCUGAUCAAUAAUAGUUGUGUUAUAAGUUCAAUCUAUUGACCCAAAAGGGAAGCACGCUCAGAGAGGAUCGGAUUGAGCACUUUACAAUUAAUGAGGGCAGAGUGUUAGUAUUUUUUCGCAGCAUGAUUUCGGAAUUUAAAUUUUAUUUCCUGAGUGAAUGACUUCACCACUUCACUUUCCAUCAUUUUGUAGUCCCUGUUUUGUGUCUAAUUUCUGUUUGUCAAGCACAUCCAUAGAAUUUUGAAGGCUUAAUUUUUCACUGUUUUGCUGUCAUACAAAUAAUUAUUUUGCUGUUACUUUCCUUACUAGAUCAAACAGUGCAGCACUAACUGUUUCUGCAAUAUCAAAUUAGUUCAUCUCUUUCAAAUUGUGGGUAUUUUUGGUACUUGCAGCCCUUGUGUCAAUGAUUUGUGGUUAUUUCACAACAGAAGUGUAGGCAGGUACAACUGGACUAGUUUUUUUUUUCUCUAUUAUUUUCCAGACUGUGCCUCAGCUGUGAAAGGGACUCGAGAAUCAAUUUGUGCACUGACUGUAGUAUGGGCGAAAGCAGGUCAUGUUAAUGAGCAGGGUGAGGGGUUACAUGUGAAUAUUUGUGUCUCGGCAGGGAUUUUGCAAAGACUGCUCUUGCAGCUGGGUUUGGUACUGUAAGCAUGUCUGUUUAUGCUCUACAGAGAUUUUGCAGCAAGCUGCACACACUAGGGAUUAAAAACAAUGCCAAACAGAGGUCUGCACGUCUGAAGCGCACUUCCUAUCCUCCUGUGUUGUAUUCGCUUUCUCAGUACUUUAUCUACGUCGCAACCAUUUCUCCAGUGCAUCUGUAUUCUUUUAAAACAUUAUUGUCAGCUUCAUUUGUGAAUAAAAGAGAGAAUGAAAGUUUAA